AUGUCUACCAAGCUCGAAGCUGAGAACCACAAGCGUGAUGCGGAGUUCAACAAGGUCCUGCACGGUAACACUGCAAAGGCGCAGGGUGGUCUUGCCGCCAUGAUGGGGAAGGAUAUGAAGGCCCAGCAGGCUGCCGUUGACGAAUACUUCAAGCAUUGGGACGAGAAGCCAUCCGCCGAUGAGACCGAAGAAACCAGAGAAGCACGAAGAGCUGAAUAUGCCACUCUGACUAGACAUUACUACAACUUGGCCACUGAUUUCUACGAAUACGGAUGGGGAUCUUCAUUCCACUUCUGCCGCUUUGCCUACGGUGAACCUUUCCGUCAAGCCAUUGCCAGACACGAACACUACCUGGCACACUCCAUUGGCCUUAAGGAGGGCCAGCUAGUCCUCGACGUUGGCUGUGGUGUCGGUGGUCCCGCCAGGGAGAUCGCCAAGUUCGCCGGAGUUAACAUCGUUGGCUUGAACAAUAACGAUUACCAGAUCCAGCGUGCCACCCAUUAUGCCGAAAAGGAAGGUCUGUCCAAACAGCUGCGCUUCACCAAGGGCGACUUUAUGCAGAUGUCCUUUGAGCCAAACACUUUUGAUGCCGUAUAUGCUAUCGAAGCCACCGUCCACGCCCCGUCCCUCGAGGGUGUUUAUUCGCAGAUCUUCAAGGUCCUUAAGCCAGGCGGUGUGUUUGGUGUGUAUGAAUGGGUCAUGACCGAUAAGUACGACAACGACGACCCCGUUCACCGCGAGAUUCGUCUUGGUAUCGAGCAGGGAGACGGUAUCGCCAAUAUGGUCAAGGAGUCGGUUGCCGUCGAUGCCAUGAAGGCAGCUGGCUUUGAGCUUCUCAAGGUAGAGGAUCUGGCCGAGCGACCGGAUGUCAGCCCAUGGUACUACCCACUCGCUGGCUCCUGGAAGCACAUGUCUUCCCUCGGAGACGUUUUCACAAUCAUGAGAAUGACCUGGUGGGGACGCUCUAUCGUCCAUCGCCUGCUUGGCUCUAUGGAAAUGAUCGGUCUCUUCCCCAAGGGCUCCCAGAAGACGGGAGACAGCCUGGCUUAUGCUGCCGACUGUUUAGUUAAGGGUGGAGAAAUGAAGCUAUUCACCCCUAUGUUCCUCAUGGUCGGCAGAAAACCAGAGUAA